AUGGUACGAUACACAUUACAGGUGAUAUGUGAAACAUGUAGUGAAGAGGAAGCUAAGUACAGAUGUCCACGAUGCAUGAAAUAUUCAUGCAGUCUGUUGUGUGUGAAGAAGCAUAAGCUUGCACUGAGCUGUAAUGGAGUCAGGGAUAAAACAGCGUUUGUCUCUGUAAAUGAAUUCACCGACUUGAACCUUUUGAGCGAUUAUCGUUUCCUGGAAGAUGUAGGAAGGACAGCUGAUGCUGCUGCUCGGCAUCCUACUGUGCAUAGUCCAGCAGCAAAAAAACUUUUAUAUUGCUUGAGAAACAAAGCUCGAAGGUGUAAUAUUGACCUGAGAACGCUGCCCGUUGGCUUUACAAAAAGAAGAGAAAAUUCAACCACCUUCAAUUUCACGGAGAAAAAGUUCUACUGGCAUUUGAAGCUCGUAUUUCCUCACUGUCAUGCUGAAUACACUUUAAAAGGGGUGCCUGACGAUAAAACGCUCGCUGAUAUCCUUAAGCCGUAUAUUGAUCCAGUGGAGUCAGAUCCUGUAGUUUGUCAAAGAUUAAAAAUAUAUACGGGGUCUCCUCGGUCAGAUGUACAAAUUUUAAUGAAAAUAGAAAACAGGAAACAAAAUUCUAUCAGGUACAAUGAACUGGAUGCCAGUAGAAGCCUCCUAGACAAUUUGAAAGGCAAAAUAAUAAUUGAGUAUCCAACGUUUUUUGUGGUCUUGAAAACAUUGAAGAAUGACAUGGUGAUUCUUGGCCAAGAUGCCAGUGAACCUGCAGAGAACUCGGACAGUGACGGUUCAUCCCUUUCAUCUAUGGAAGAAGGGGAAAUUCGGGACAGUUGA